CGGGCAUUUUUUCGUGAGCGGAAACGAGUAACGCCAUCACGAGUCAACUACUUCCUUUUCUUUCUUGUUUGGCACGUGUGUUGAAUAAAAUGGAGAAAGUACAGAAGAAACAAAAGGAACCUAUCCACUCGGUGCAGGUCUUCGGACGCAAAAAAAGUGCAACCGCAGUGGCAUAUUGUAAACGGGGACGCGGUCUCGUCCGGGUAAAUGGACGACCAUUGGAAUUGGUAGAACCCCGUGUUCUUCAAUAUAAACUCCAGGAGCCCAUUUUGCUUUUGGGCAAGGAAAAAUUUGCAGGUGUUGAUAUCAGAGUACGUGUUAAUGGCGGAGGACAUGUCGCACAAAUCUACGCUAUUCGUCAAGCAAUUUCAAAAGCUCUCGUCUCUUACUAUCAAAAGUAUGUCGAUGAAGCAAGUAAAAAGGAAGUUAAGGAUAUUUUGAUCCAAUACGAUCGAACACUGCUCGUCGCCGAUCCGAGACGUUGCGAGCCGAAGAAAUUCGGUGGUCCCGGUGCAAGAGCACGAUACCAAAAAUCGUAUCGUUAAUUUCAAAAUUUACCUGCAAAUUUUUCUUUACAUUAUUCAAUAAAAUAUAAAAAAAAAGAAUACAAAA